UCUCCUAUCAAUAAUUAGUCACAGAUGAUGCCUUUACGUCUUACUUCAUUUUACGAUAAAAAUAUUAUUUGGAAUAAUGAUCGACCUUCUUCAACGAGAUAUUGCAGAGCAAUACAAUUUGAAUACACAAAAGAAACUGCUGAAAAAAUAAAAAGUGAAAAGCAACGUAUGGAUGACGAAAUUGCUCAAUUACGAGAAACAGAAAUAGAAAAGUUCGGAACCACAUUCAAAAUAAAUCAUCAAAUGAUAUUUACGAUGAUAGACGAAGUGGUCAACAACGCCAGAAACACGCGUUCAAAAAGAAGAAACAAAAAACAGAAUACAAGACGCUUUUUACAAUAA